GCUGUGUGCUGGGUGCGCGGCGACGACGGCGCGCCGUAGGUGACAUGAAGAUGGCGGCGUCCAGAGGCGUAUGAGGGCUCUGCAGAAGCUCUGGGAGGUUUCCGUAUAGCUCGAGCGUGCUACUUGGGGAUCCUUUCACUCUAGAGUUUCGGGAGCUGGGGUCUCACUGCGUGCGCUCCCAGGUCCUUGGGAGCGAUGUGGAGGAGGUGCCUUCGGCUGCGGGACUGGGAGCGCCGCCUCCUAAAGUGGUGCCCGGGUGACCCUACCGCUUCCGCGAGGCUGGGCCUAGUCCCCCAGACUCCUGCCCGGACCUACGCGCCCCCGGCAGAAAGGAAGAGGUUUUAUCAGAAUGUUAGCAUCACUCAGGGUGAAGGUGGCUUUGAGAUAAACCUGGACCACAGGAAGCUGAAAACUCCUCAAGCCAAGCUCUUUACUGUCCCCAGUGAGGCCCUAGCCAUCGCAGUGGCCACUGAAUGGGACUCCCAGCAUGAUACCAUCAAGUUCUACACGAUGCACUUGACCACAUUGUGUAACACAUCCUUGGACAACCCAACUCAGCGCAGCAAGGAUCAGCUGAUCCGGGCAGCUGUGAAGUUUCUGGACACUGACACCAUCUGCUACAGGGUAGAAGAACCAGAGACAUUAGUGGAACUUCAAAAGAAUGAGUGGGACCCAAUCAUAGAAUGGGCCGAGAAGAGAUAUGGUGUGGAGAUCGGCUCCUCCACCAGCAUAAUGGGACCCAGCAUCCCCGCCAAGACUCAGGAGGUGCUUGUCAGCCACCUGGCAUCUUACAAUAUGUGGGCUCUACAAGGGAUCGAGUUUGUGGUGGCCCAGCUCAAAUCCAUGGUGCUGACUUUAGGGCUAAUUGACCUGCGCCUAACAGUGGAGCAGGCUGUGCUGCUAUCACGCUUGGAGGAGGAGUACCAGAUCCAGAAGUGGGGCAACAUCGAAUGGGCCCAUGACUAUGAGCUACAGGAGCUGCGGGCCCGCACCGCUGCUGGCACCCUCUUUGUCCACCUCUGCUCAGAGAAUACCUCAGUCAAGCACAAGCUCCUGCAGGAAUGAAGCCUGGGCUGCACAUGCCAGCUGGAUGGAUCUUGUACAGCCACAGCUACCUUGCCCUAGGGCUUUCCUGGUCUGUGGGGCUUAUCUGCGUGCAGAGCUGCCCCAGCCUGUGACUGUGGACCUCCUCUGACCUGCAGGGCUUGGCCUUGUAUAGCAUUUCCCUAAGGUGCCCCUGAUAUACAGUUGGCUGUCUGGAGGUCAGUUUGAUUCCAACCCAGGUGCCCCCGGCAUGGCCAUCAUCCAAUGAAGGGGAUGAGUUGUACA